AAACAUUUUAACUUUCUUUAGAUAAGGUGGGCACGUGAGGGAGAGAGGGGAGAUGGGGAAGGGGUGUGUGUGAUGAGCUAGAGAACUAAUUUUCUUCCAAAAUAAGGAAAGGAAUGUGAGUUGGUACUGAUAACGCCUGGUACUGUGACAUGUCUGGGCAUGUAGCAAAAGCAGAAAGGAAAGAAAAGAGAAGACAAGUGAAGUGGGGAGGGGGGCACUGUGAAUUAAAGAAUAAAGGAUUGAUCCGGCUAUUUGAAGAGAAACCUUAUCAUACCCCACAUUCCUAUUCUGUCAUUUUGAUUUUUCCAUUUUGCCAACGUGGAUCAGAAUAUUCUUUUAUUCAGAGGCAGCAAAUUCCUUCCUCCUUUCUCCCGAAGAAGCCUGUGCAAUGAAGCUUUAUUUUCACUUUUCAUAAAGCAACCUCAUGAUGAGGUUCAGCAGGGAUGAGAGCCCUUAUCUGGAUCUGGGUAUGAGGCGAAGGAGUCUUAGGUACUCACUCUUCAGAAGUAAGGCCCUUUUGAAGCGUAUCCUUUUACUUGCCUUCUGGUAACUUUUUGGAUGCUGUCCAUAGCUUUCCUGAUAAAUUAGCAGCCCUCUGGUUAGUCCGAGGAGAGAGGCCGCAGGACGGGCAGACUGCUGCUCAUCUCUGCAGCUCCACUUUGGUCUCUUGUCUCUGAAGGUCCAGUCACAGGGAACUUGUUCUUCUGAGUACCCACAGCUUACUCUUCCUUUGUAGCAGGACGGGCCACAGAAAAAACUCCUCAGACACCGAGCACUGCAGGAGUUUGUGACCAAGAACUUCAAGAGUCAAGACAGAAGGAAGCCAAGGGAGCAGUGCAAUGGAUUUCUCAGUAAAGGUAGACAUAGAGAAGGAGGUGACCUGCCCCAUCUGCCUGGAGCUCCUGACAGAACCUCUGAGCCUAGACUGUGGCCACAGCUUCUGCCAAGCCUGCAUCACUACAAAGAUCAAGGAGUCAGUGAUCAUCUCAAGAGGGGAAAGCAGCUGUCCUGUGUGUCAGACCAGAUUCCAGCCUGGGAACCUCCGACCUAAUCGGCAUCUGGCCAACAUAGUUGAGAGAGUCAAAGAGGUCAAGAUGAGCCCACAGGAGGGGCAGAAGAGAGAUGUCUGUGAGCCCCAUGGAAAAAAACUCCAGAUCUUCUGUAAGGAGGAUGGAAAAGUCAUUUGCUGGGUUUGUGAACUGUCUCCGGAACACCAAGGUCACCAAACAUUCCGCAUAAACGAGGUGGUCAAGGAAUGUCAGGAAAAGCUGCAGGUAGCCCUGCAGAGGCUGAUAAAGGAGGAUCAAGAGGCUGAGAAGCUGGAAGAUGACAUCAGACAAGAGAGAACCGCCUGGAAGAAUUAUAUCCAGAUCGAGAGACAGAAGAUUCUGAAAGGGUUCAAUGAAAUGAGAGUCAUCUUGGACAAUGAGGAGCAGAGAGAGCUGCAAAAGCUGGAGGAAGGUGAGGUGAAUGUGCUGGAUAACCUGGCAGCAGCUACAGACCAGCUGGUCCAGCAGAGGCAGGAUGCCAGCACGCUCAUCUCAGAUCUCCAGCGGAGGUUGAGGGGAUCGUCAGUAGAGAUGCUGCAGGAUGUGAUUGACGUCAUGAAAAGGAGUGAAAGCUGGACAUUGAAGAAGCCAAAAUCUGUUUCCAAGAAACUAAAGAGUGUAUUCCGAGUACCAGAUCUGAGUGGGAUGCUGCAAGUUCUUAAAGAGCUGACAGAUGUCCAGUACUACUGGGUGGACGUGAUGCUGAAUCCAGGCAGUGCCACUUCGAAUGUUGCUAUUUCUGUGGAUCAGAGACAAGUGAAAACUGUACGCACCUGCACAUUUAAGAAUUCAAAUCCAUGUGAUUUUUCUGCUUUUGGUGUCUUCGGCUGCCAAUAUUUCUCUUCGGGGAAAUAUUACUGGGAAGUAGAUGUGUCUGGAAAGAUUGCCUGGAUCCUGGGCGUACACAGUAAAAUAAGUAGUCUGAAUAAAAGGAAGAGCUCUGGGUUUGCUUUUGAUCCAAGUGUAAAUUAUUCAAAAGUUUACUCCAAAUAUAGACCUCAAUAUGGCUACUGGGUUAUAGGAUUACAGAAUACAUGUGAAUAUAAUGCUUUUGAGGACUCCUCCUCUUCUGAUCCCAAGGUUUUGACUCUCUUUAUGGCUGUGCCUCCCUGUCGUAUUGGGGUUUUCCUAGACUAUGAGGCAGGCAUUGUCUCAUUUUUCAAUGUCACAAACCACGGAGCACUCAUCUACAAGUUCUCUGGAUGUCACUUUUCUCGACCUGCUUAUCCGUAUUUCAAUCCUUGGAACUGCCUAGUCCCCAUGACUGUGUGCCCACCGAGCUCCUGAGUGUUCUCAUUCCUUUACCCACUUCUGCAUAGUAGCCCUUGUGCUGAGACUCAGAUUCUGCACCUGAGUUCAUCUCUACUGAGACCAUCUCUUCCUUUCUUUCCCCUUCUUUUACUUAGAAUGUCUUUGUAUUCAUUUGCUAGGGCUUCCAUAACAAAGCAUCAUAGACUGCUGAUUUAAACUGUAAUUGUAUUGCCGUACUGUGGGCUGGAAAUCCCAAAUCUAGAUUCCAGCAGAGUUGGUUCUUUCUGAGGUCUGCAAGGAAGGGCUCUCUUCCAUGCCUCUCUCCUUGGCUUGUAGAAGGCAUCUUGCCCCUAUGACUCUUCACAUUGUCUUUAUGUACGUCUCUGUGCCCGAGUUUUCCCUUUUUAUUAAGACAUCAGUCAUACUGGCUCAGGGCCCACUGCUAAUGCCUUAAUGAAAUCAUUUUAACAUUAUAUUCUCUACAAAGACCUUAUUUCCAAAUAAGAUAAUAUUUGGAGGUAUUGGGAAUAAAAACUCCAACAUAUAAAUUUGAGGAAGUCACGAUUUCACUCAUAACAAUCUUACCCUUUCUUGCAAGAGAUGCUUGUACAUUAUUUUCCUAAUACCUUGGUUUCACUAGUAGUAAACAUUAUUAUUAUUUUUUUAUAUUUGCAAAGGAAACAUAUCUAAUCCUUCCUAUAGAAAGAACAGUAUUGCUGUAAUUCCUUUGUAAUCUCUUUUCUUCCUCAUUUCCUCUGCCCCUUAAAAGACUGAAGAAAGAGAAACUUGUCAACUCAUAUCCACGUUAUCUAGCAAAGUACAUAAGAAUCUAUCACUAAGUAAUGUAUCCUUCAGAAUGUGUUGGUUUACCAGUGACACCCCAUAUUCAUCACAAAAUUAAAGCAAGAAGUCCAUAGUAAUUUAUUUGCUAAUAGUGGAUUUUUAAUGCUCAGAGUUUCUGAGGUCAAAUUUUAUCUUUUCACUUACAAGCUCUAUGAUCUUAAAUAAUUUACUUAAUGUAUUUUGGUGUAUUUUCCUCAAAUUAAUAUUGGUGUUCAAGACUGUAUCUAAUUCCUCUGAUCACUUUGAGAAACAAACUUUUAUUAAAUGUAAGGCACUUUUCUAUGAAUUUUAAAUAUAAAAAUAAAUAUUGUUCUGAUUAUUACUGAAAAAAUGUCAGCCAUUUCAAUGUCUUGGGAAACAAUUUUUUGUUUUUGUUCUGUUUUCUUUUUGCUUCAAUAAAACAAUAGCUGGCUCUA